CUAUUUAUCAUUAGCUAGCUUCUCCAAUAAUCUCCGUUUUGGAUUUGGUUUGGAUUUUGAAUUGUAGGUUUAUAUGGGAGAAAGAUAUAACGGUUCUUGUCAAACGGAGCCGGCUACGGUUCUGCUUUGUAGCAAGGGGCCUCCUCACUUUGCGGUCAAUUCCUUUAAGAAUGGGCUCUCUCCCUUUCUUCGAACCCAUCUCUUAUAUUUCUCCAUAAACCUCGGUUUAUUGUUGGUGGGUUUGCGCUCUUUGCAUAUUCAAGCACAAAAUUAUGGUGGGUUUGGAGGAACUAAGGGGAGAAGAGCUCUUUCUCACUCCAUCUGACCCUGUGGUUAUAGAACUCAAUCGUUUGCAGAAUCAACUCAAAGAAAAGGAUCAGGAGCUGGGCCUUGCCCAUGGUGAAAUCAAGGCCUUGAAAGCAAUUGAUAUUUUGAAAGAUAAAGCAGUUGAAGAGCUCAGCAAUAAACUUGAGAAAUUGGAUGAGAAGCUUAGAGACACUGAAAACCUUCUACAACACAAGAAUCUUGAAAUCAAGAAGCUAAGGAAUGACAAGAAAGAGGUUCUCGCUGCACAAUUUGCUGCAGAAGCAACACUCAGAAGGCUGCAUGCAAAUCAAAAGGAUGACGAUUCUGUCCCACUUGAGGCAGUUAUUGCACCUCUUGAGGCUGAUAUUAAAAUGUACAAAAAAGAGAUUGCAGCACUACAGGAGGAUUAUAAGGCCUUAGAACGUCUAAGUAAGUCAAAAGAGUCCGCUCUAGUUGAAGCACAAAGGAUUCUGAGAAGUGCUUUGGAACGGGUCCUAAUAGUGGAGGAGGUUCAAAAUCAAAAUUUGGAGUUAAAGAGGCAAAUUGAGAUCUUUCAGGAAGAGAACAGGAACCUUGAUAAAACUAAUCGUCAAAAGGUUGCUGAGGUUGAGAAGCUUAGCAAGACCAUUCAGGAACUUGAGGAGUCUAUUCUAGCAGGUGGGGCUGCUGCAAACGCAGUGCGCGAUUCUCAGCGUCAGGUUUCUGAAUUAUAUGAUGAAAACAAGACUCUAGAGAGGGAACUCGCAAGAGUGAAAGUUUCAGCAAAUAGAGUUGCAGUCGUGGUGGCAAAUGAGUGGAAGGAUGACAAUGACAAAGUCAUGCCAGUCAAACGAUGGCUGGAAGAGCGAAGGUAUUUUCAGGCAGAGAUACAACGGCUAAGAAACAAGCUUGUUUUAUCUGAGAAUACAGCUAAAGCCGAAGCACACCUCAAGGAUAAACUGAGGCUGAGGCUAAAGACUAUUGAAGGAGGAUUAAAACAUGUGUCAAAUAUCACAGUGAAUACUAGUGCUUCUUGUGAGUUGCAAAAACUUGAUAAUUCUAACCAAAGCUUAGGUUUUCUAUCAAAUAACACUGGACUGGGGAAGAGGUCAACAUCACAGCCCAGGGCUUCUGUUACCAUCAGUAAAAGCUCAUUGCUGCAGCAGAAGAACUUGGUGACUCGCACAAUCAGUGCCAGUGGACAACUAAAAGGAGCAAGUACCCUGAAAAUGAAAUAUUUUUCUGGAGAAAAUACACGAAGGAGUUUAUGGGUGCCUAACAAGGAGUUGUCUGACAAUGGUGGAAAAGAAAACACAGAAGUGAACGCAAACUCUGAAGUGAAUGCCAAAAAGUUGAUUGAUGGUGAGGAAGUAGUGUCUGGAGAAAAUAGAAGUAAGGGUGACAAUGAUAUGGGCUUGCAAAAUAAAGGAAGCCUAUGUGCUGGCAGUGAGGAUUUAGUUUCUGGGUUUCUGUAUGAUAGGUUACAGAGAGAGGUCAUCAAUUUGAGAAAAUCCUGUGAGGAGAAAGAUGCAAUUCUGAAUGCUAAGGACGAAGAAACUAAGAUGCUUAUGAAGAAGGUCGAUGCACUGGCAAAGGCCAUGGAAAUAGAGUUGAAGAAGAGGAAGAGAGAAGCAGCAUCAGCUAAGGUGGAAGGACAACAAACAAAAGAUCAGAAACACAAACUUUUCUAGAAGGGUAGUGAAAGCAUAAGCUUUGGAAUCUAAGUUAAAGGUGACCAGGAAAACACUUUUUGUUCAUUUUCCGUGUCUUUUGAGUUUCUUCUGUACAUAUGGAAAAGGUUGAAUUGCAGUUCCAUCAAAAUAAAAAUCUUUCCCGAGGGAAAGGGGUAAUUUGUGUCAUAUGUAUAGUUUGGGAGAUCCUCAGCUUGUACUAUAUAUCAAUGAAAUCUGUAAGUUUGCAU